CUCAUCGACAUGUUUUGUCACCAUUCCGAAACCUUCUACGCGUAUUCCUACUCGCCCAAACUUUCAGCAAAAACAUUUCAGCCGGGGAAGGAGAAAGCUUUUGUCAAAAAGUAAUUUCAAAGCGAGUCGGUCCCGUCGACUGGCGAGUUAAAGCGCCCGCCGUCGCAAAAAAAGAAAAGAAGAAUACUUUUGCACGUUUAACCGCCGCCAGGCAACCUUUUCCACUAUUUUUUUAAUAAAAGAACCUGCAGAAGCGAUCAGUUCCCUGCGUCUUUUUACGAUCAACUUGCCCUUUUGAAAAUUCGUCCAGUUGAAGCUUGGCAUGAACCCAAUACAACCACCGCCGCCGGCAGCUCGCCAAGGGCCACUACGCUUGUCGGACACAUCGACUGUCGUUGACAUGCACAGUGAAGAACGGCCACCAUCACCACGGUUGGAUCCCUCUGAAAAGUGCCCUGACGACACGGAACCUCAUCAUCAUACCCACUGCUCCCGUGCCCACUCCUUCAGUCAACCCAGUUUAAAUCGUAGCAUCCGAAGCGUCACCAGCAUGCGAAGCGUGCGUAGUGUGAUAGAACGAGGGAGUGGGUUCUAUCGCAAUUCCAUUUUUCCUCAUGUAUGGAACAGGACGGUCACAGUUCUAUGGAUCGUGACAGGCAUCGUUGUUACCCUGUACGGCUUGAUGUACCUCGGUUCUUCCUGGGAUCCUCAAGGGAAGCUUAACCGGGUACCUGUAGGAGUCUUCAAUAACGACAUUGGAUACUCCACCCUCCCAUCCCUCAGCCCAGAAUCGCAAAAUAUCGUCGCAGGAUUGACGAGAAACAAUACUCCUAUGGGGACACUUCUUGAGCAAUACAUAUUCGAGACACCCGCAGUAAACGGUCGACUUAAAUGGACAAACAUUAGUAGUACGGGGUUGACAUAUCAGGAUGCUAUUGAUAUGGUGGACCGCGGCGACUAUUGGGGAAUUGUUUAUAUCCCAAGCAAUUUUAGUGACAAUUUCCUGACCAACCUUCGUCUGAACCGAACUGCUGAGGUCAAGCCUCAGACCCUAUCAGUGGAAUACAUAUGGGAUCAAGGUCGUCAAUUCACUAUUGCCAACUUUGCAAACCAGGCUGUGUCCGGCUCGCUCUCAGGGCUAUCCACCAGCCUAGCACAAGCCAUGGUCAACGCUACCGCAUCCAAUCCGACUCUCCUCGAUCCUGCCUUCCUCAUCACUCCCAUCGUUGUCGCACCCGGCCGCCGACAUGCCGUCGCCAAAUUCGGUAUCAAUCUAGCAACAUACAUCCUUCCUCUCCUCAUGUGGCUGAGCAGCAUGAUGUCGGUUACAGUAGUGAACAAGCUACUGCUUGCUCGACUCCCCCACCUUACUGGAGUGAAAAACGCCCACGGUCUGCCUCGCGCCAACUUCCCCCCAAUACAAAUCGCACUAGCUUCGCUCGCACUUAGCGGCUGUUUCACACUCUUUCAUACCUUCUUGGGAUGGGGUAUAUUUUACAUCCUUGGCGGAGACGAAGCCUUUACCUAUGGAAAUCCUGGCCAGGUGUUUGGAUUCUUGUGGUUCUUUUCUUAUGCCUGUCUGGGAUUUAUGUGGCUUCUCUGCGUCGUUUUUGGUGUUGAUGGAUUUGCGAUCCCAGCAUCACUACUACUCAUUUUCCAGCUUACCACUUCGGGUGCCAUCGUAGACCACGUUGCAAUGGCUGGUGCUGUCAAAAUAGGCGAAGGAUUUCCAUUCUACUGGGGCCUGAUAGGCAUGCGAGCAUACCUGCUUGGGACGAGAACACAUUACCUUACACGAAGCUACUUGAUCCUACUUGCCUGGGCCGUAGGAUGUACAGCCUUGGCGAUUUUCCUAGCGACUCGUCAACUGCAAAACUGGAGAAAGGCACAACUUGUGAAGCAGGCAGUGGAUGGAUUAAAUGUCUUGGGAGGAACUGUGCGGGCGGUAUGACGAUAGAAUCCUGUCUAUGGAAAUUGGUUUUGGAUGUAUGUAGAAUAUUUAGAAUUUAUGUUGCUAGUCCCCUUGCAUCUGCGCUGCCACUUGGGGCUCUGUAUAUUUCAGCACCGGCGCCAGAUGCUGGGAUGUAGCCGCCAAGCUAGCGGCCAUGUUUGUAAAUCACUUUUAAAGUUUUCUAUAGAGGAUUAUUAAAGAUUUUGCGAAAUAUUCAAUGCUGCCCUGGUCUGCUGCUGCUGACAUCGUCCAUCUCGG